CUAGCCCACAAUGCCUCCUGUGUGGAUCGAGCAGUCAACAAGUCGAGCAGUCAUUUGAAAGAGUAAGAACAUUUCAGCGAGACAACUCAAAGGCGAAAUCUAUUCUCUGUCGUGGGUGAUGUUGGCUUUCGCCAACUGGUCGAGCACCGGUACACACUACCAAGUGCGCUAUUUUUCAGAUGUUGCCCUACCGGAGUUACACAGUAAUAGCGUCACUGCUAUUAGCUUCACAACAUACAUACUAUGGAAUGCCGUUUGGGUCUUUGUGUGUCAAAAAAGGCACAGUAGCACUGUCAAAGCUGUACAAAAAAGUCUACAAACAAGCAAACACCGGCCACAAACGACGGGGUAGCUAGCUUUAGCUUGGUACCUAGCUACCACCAAUACAACCAGCCUAAAAACAAUGACCAGCAGAAACUGCAGUCAUUUUCAUUAUUCUUAGCAAUGAUUUGGGAAUCCUUGUGAGUAAGUAUUAGCUAGGUUGCCACUUGUUGUUCGCCUAUUGAAAUUGUGCAAGUAGAGAUACUGCAACCCAGUAUCUCUACUUGCACAUCAUCAUCUGCACAUCUAUCACUCCAGUAUUAAUGCUAAAUUGUAAUAUUUUCGCCUCUAUGGCCUACUUAUUGCCUGCCUCCCUACGCUUCUACAUUUGCACACACUGUACAUAGAUUUUUCUAUUUUUAUUUUGUUUUAUUAACUGUACGUUUGUUUAUGUGUAACUCUGUGUUGUUGUUUUUGUCGCACUGCUAUGCUUUAUCUUGGCCAGGUCGCAGUUGUAAAUGAGAACUUGUUCUCAACUGGCCUACCUGGUUAAAUAAGGGUGAAAUAAAAAAAUUACAAAUCAUAAUAAUUGAACUUCAGUUCAUGAAAAUAAAACUACUUUACCCUGUUGCCCAAAGCUAACGUUAUAAACUAGCUUCAUCUGGCUAGUGAGGCUCGACCGGAACGGGUUAUGUGUACUGAAGCUAGCCACAACAAGGAUUAGGCACAAUAGUGGAAUUUGUGGUUUGCCUUCAAAUUAAAAGUCUGCCAUUGACAGUGAUGCAAAUGAAUAGAAAUAGUAGAAUUGUGCCAUACUUGUAUUUUGAAGGCUAACCGCAAAGUCCACUAUUGUGGCUAAUCCUUAUUGUGGCUAGCUUCACAUAUAUGAGUCCGACCACCAUUAAUCAAAUAAGAACUGUCUUACAAAUGAGGGUUAUUUUAGAUGAUGACACCUAGCUAUGUAGUCAGCUAGCUAACUAUAGCUACUGAAACAGAUGUCGUUUGCUAUGUUUUUGGGGCAGAACAUUGUUUGUAUCCAUGAGCUAGCUAGCUUUUUUUUAUGACCGCACUGUAGGUGCGCGAGACAACUUUACCAGCAUCAUAAUUUACGUAUCGAUUAAUCGUUGUGACAUAUGAAAUACGAGUGAUUGUGUAAUAACUACGUAAAACAAUAUUGAAUGCGUUAAAGUAUUAUGUGACGUGCAGUCAUAUUCAGGUCCUGAUUGGUCAACAAGCUUAUCUGACACGUCAAAGACCCAAAUGGCGUUCCAUAGAAAUCCUGGUUGAGAAUGAAACGACUGAACAAAUGAACAAACGAACAAACGAAACAGCACAGCAAGAAUGAGUACGUCCUCAAAAUUAUAAUAUAUCAUUGUGUGGAUUGAAUUAUACCGUGUGGUUUACUCUCAAGUAUUCAGCAACAAUGUUUCUAUUGCUUAUUAUAGUCACAAACCUUGGGACUUUGAUAGCGGAUGAUGCAAUGAGUGACGGAAAUCUUCAAUGCUUCAAUGAUUAUGACAAAAGUAUGGUUUGUCAUUUUACAACUGACAAGUCUAAGUGUGCUGAAUACAGCAUGACAUUGAAACAAUUGGGCACACAAAAUAUGAAUGAUUGUACUUUCAAGGAAAAGGAGAGGUCCAAUGAUGUUUCCAAAUGUGGAUGCUCUAUUGAUCCAAUGCAGCUAAUUAUUAGGGAGGAGUUUAAUGCAACACUUUGGAAUUCUGGGAAGCGCCUAAAUUCCAAAGUCCUCUGUAUCAAAUGCAGCAUAAAACCCAAAACCCCCACCGUCCAAGAUGUGAAACCAACAGAAAAUGGGAAUUUCCUGGUCAAAUGGAAGACAAACUACCCUGAUAAUGAACAGUUUUCUAAGAACUUGAUUGCCGAAUUGAGCUACAGAAAGAAAGGAGAAACAGAUGAGCCCUUUCCUUUGUUCGUACAGGUGUCCAAAAAUGACUCAACAACUUCCUAUGAAUUACUUGGCAGAGACUUGGAGCCAAACACCAUUUAUGCUCUGAAGGUCAGAACCUAUACUGACUGGAGUGGCCGUUUCAGUGACUGGAGUGAAGAGUUGGAAUUCACUAACCCUGCAUCAUCUCGGAAAGUGCUCCAGAUUGUCAUUGUUUUCAGCUGCAUUGCUGUUAUCAUCAUCACAAGUGCUUUGUUUUGGUGCAGUGUUAGACUCAAAACCAAGUUGUGGGAUAAUAUUCCUAAAUGUUCAAACCCAGACCUUUUGUAUAUGGUUCCAGGAGUACCUAAGGUAUUGUCUCCUCCCAAAAUACUUUUAUCCUCCAUCUAUGUUGAUUCUUCGAAAAUGGACAUUGAAGAAAAAGCAUGGACAAACCCCUCGACAGUAGAUGGGAGCAGUGGAAGAGGCCGUGGCUCAGAGCUUGACACAUCAUCUUCCCUGGGUCAUGCCCACACAUUUUCCAUGAGCCCGGAGCCUAGUAAUGAGCAGAUCAUUAGCCAUCUUCAAGAGGCCCUGAGCAAAGUCUUUCCCAGCCUUGUUCCUUUGGACGGGAAUCCUCAGUCAUUGCUCUUAGCCCCUCCUAUGACAGAUGAUGGUACAGAAAUGAACUGCCCUGAGUCAAAUCGAGACAUUGGUGUGUGUUCAUCUGACUACAAUCCUCUUCAUUUCAUGAGUGAGUCUGGAGGCUCUUGUGGGUCUUGUUACAACAAUUUGACCUACUCCCCCUCAGUGCCCCUCAACUCCCUUCAAGAGUUAACAACAAGCAAGACAUCCUCAUUUCCUACGCAGCCUCUGCUCUUUUGUAACUCCUCCUACCAUUCUGGUGAGGCUGAAGUGUUGAAAAAUGGCCAUCCACAGCUGUUUCUUGGUACUGGUCAACAAGACCUUAACUUGUCCACUAACUGUGCAACCUUCUUGCAAACCGACUUUUCAUAUCACCCGUGUGAUGGCGCCAGUAAUGAUUCAGAGACUACCACGUCAUCAGAGGACACCAGUCUGAUCAAUGGUUCUAACGUGUCCGAUGUUAUCAGUAUCAUUGCUAGAUAUCAGAGCUUCAGUGAGGCAGUUGGUAAAGACAAUGAGAGAGGAACUGAUGCCUUCAUGGAUGUGCCACUGCCACUUAAGGAUUUCCAGGAUGUAGACAGAGAGCCACUGAUUUACGUUGUGAAUCCAUGUUACCACAGCCUGCCUGACCCUGGAUGCAGCCUCCCCCCGAGUGAUGUUGAUUAUCAGACUUUACAGAGCCUGGGACAAAAUAGCCCAGAUCCGUGGGUUUCAGACAAACUGCUGAACAAGUGUCUGGAGACUGAGAUCCCUCAAAGCUCCAUGGGGAACAUGCCUCUAAAUGUCAUACCCAACUCACAGGGAGGACAAUGUCCAAAACCUGGAAGUCCCUUUCUUACUGCUUUCUGUUCAGACCAAGCCAUGCAAAUAGACAAUGACAGCUCUUAUCAUUGUGUGUAAUUUUGCACUUCACUUUACAAUUUCUUUUAUUUUGGGGACUGGAGCUCAUAUGUUUUUUCUAUAUUAUACAAACAGUUUGAAUACCAUUCUGCCAUGAAAAGGCUGUAGCCUCAAGUCCAGAAAUGUUCCACAUUUUGGAUGUACUGCUUCUGUAAAUAAAUAUUUGUGUUUGGGAAA